AUGAAUCAUUGGAGCGACCAAUGGCAAGUGGAACGGGCCCCGAAUCAGGCCGACACUGUAACAUUCUGGCGCGGCCUGUGGUCAGAGCCCGUAAACCACAGCGAGGGCUCUUGGACGGAAGUUGUGGCGAGUCAGUGUACGAGUAUAACGCCCAUGAACCCCGUCAUUAUAACGCCGGGUGACGUAGCCGAGGCGGUCUGUAGGGCCUCGAACUGGAAGAGUCCGGGACUCGACAGGCUGCAUCACUACUGGCUGAAGGGGUUUGUGUGUUGGCAAGACUGGCGCAGCGAUGUUAAAUCUAAAGCUGCCAAAAUCCGCCGUGCUCAGCAGCAGACUGGUGGAGGGCCUGGACCUGCACCCUCAUCUGCUAUGGAGGAAUCUCUAAUGGCAUUUAUUGGCCACAAAGCAGCAGAGGGCCUUGCCGUUGCCGAUACCUUAGAGAUUCCUGAAGGUGUUGCAGAAGUAGAAGCUGGUGGUGACGAAGAUAUCCACAAUCCGGUUGUGGAUGAUAGAAAAACAACGAAAAAACAAGAUAGACUUGAAGAGUGUCUAGAAGUUCAGGCUGCAGCCAUGAAUACGCUCUCACAGUCAAUGAAUAAUUUGGCUGCAGCCAUAAAUAAUUUUGCUGCAGCCCUCAAAUCCAUCGCCAAUAAAAGUGAUAAAUGA